AUGUCGGGCUCCCCAUACGCCCGAUUAUUUGAAUCGGAUCGUGCGGCCUGGGAGAUGCGCCUCGCAAAAUGUCGGGAAGAGCUGGAAAUUCUUUCUCAAGUCCAAUCUCGGUGGGCGCACAUGAGAACUCUUUUCGGAUCUGGAGGUAGGUCCGACGAGUUCAAUGCAUUCUCGAAUGUUCAUGCUAGAUUUUCUUCUCUGGGAGAGCGUAUGGAAGCUGCCCCUGGAAUUCUAGAAGGAUUAGAAAUUCCCUCAGGCCUAACCGAAAUGGAGGAGGAGCUAAUGGGUAUUCUUCGGGGUCUAUCCACAUUUCUGGAAAAACAAAGGUCUCGAUUUCCUAGAUUCUUUUUCUUGUCAGAUAGCGAUUUGCUUCAAGUCUUGUCUGUCACCAUUGACAGUGUGGAAGGAUUACUUCCACACAUCAGCAAACUUUUUCCAGGAGUUGGGACCUUCAAAUUUCAGAAGCAUGCUUCGGCAGUUCAAAUUGACAGCGUAUUUUCGAAAGAAGGUGAGGUCAUAGUCUUUCCAAGGCCGAUUCUACUGACGGCAAAGGAACAAUUUUCGACAUGGUUAGAGAAGAUCCAAGAAGCUCUCGGAGAAUACUUGAGAAAUUCGCUGCGACCUGCAAUCCAGAAGUACAUGGAUUUUCCUGCUCAACUGUCCCUAUUGGCAAUCAAAAUCUGCUUCACUCAAAAAGUCGAAACUUGCCUUGAAGAACCUCUUGAUGCGAAUCACACGUUAGAAAAGUUGAGGGAUUUCGUGAAGGACAUUCUAGACGUUCUCUGUUCUCAUGAUAUAGAUAUCGAUAACGCUCAACUCCAUCGACGAAAGAUCCGAGCUGCAAAGGACCAACUGAUCAAGGAAUUUGUCUAUCAGCGGGACUUGUUGUCUUCGCUAUGUGCCGCAUCUGUGAAAAGUGCGUCUUCACACCAUUGGAAUCACGAACUUCGAUUCUAUAGCAAUACCGUCGGAGAGACUGGGACAGCGGCUGAUGUCCUCAUUCGCUGCGGGAAAGGGGAAUUUCGCUACGGUUGGGAGUAUCUGGGGGUUGGGGAAACGCUCGUCCAUACCCCGCUAACUUCCCGAUCAUACCUAGCCCUUAGUGAAGCCCUCAGGAGAGGCCUCGGCGGCAGUCCAUUCGGUCCUGCUGGAACUGGGAAGACUGAAACUGUGAAGGCGCUAGGCAGGAUCUUGGGGCGCUUUGUAGCGGUGUUUAACUGCGAUGAAUCCUUUGAUUCAGUUUCAGUCGGCAGAAUAUUGGCUGGUGCCUGUCGCGUAGGAUCUUGGGUCUGCUUUGAUGAAUUCAACAGACUCUCUGCAAGCAUUUUAUCUGCAACUUCUGGUCAACUUGCCAAUUUGCAAGCAUCAAUCAGGAAGGGCGAGAGAGCUGUGAAGAAUUUUUAUGGUGGCGAACUGCCUGUGUCGAUCACACCUGGGGUUGGAGUCUUCGUGACGAUGAAUCCAACGUAUUCCGGCCGACGAGAGUUGCCUGCAAAUUUGAAAUCGCUCUUUCGACCAUGCUCAAUGUCAAAGCCGGACAGCCUUGUUAUCACUGAAGUUCUUCUCUUGUCCCAAGGCUUCAAAGCAUCUGGGGCUCUUUCAAGAAAGCUUGUUUCUCUCUUUCAGAAUCUCAAAGCCACACUACCUUCUCGGGCCCACUAUGAUUUCGGAUUACGCUCACUAAAGAGUACGAUCAUGGCUUCGCGAAGCUUGCGAGAAGGGGCUGAACAAGAUAUUAUUAUUCGAGCACUUGGAGAAAACUUGAAACCAAAGCUUAACGGAAGGGACGUUAGUGUAUACGAGCGCGCCAUCAGCGUGGUUUUCACGGAAGCCACUUGCUACAUUCCGCGGCUGCCACAGGAAAUUGAAGAUAUCCUGGAGUGCGUUUUGGUAGAAAACCAGCUCUUGAAGGACUGCAGGUUAGUCGAAAAAAUUCGACAGCUGCACUCUUUACUUCAACAUCAACGAGGGGUUAUGCUUGUUGGACCCACUGGAUCGGGAAAGUCAACGGCGUGGAGAACACUGCAUGAUGCAAUGCUUCGAUUUUCGCAUAUUCGUUCUUCUCUUACUGUAAUAGAUGCGAAACUCCUCACGUCGCAACAGCUGUACGGUGGCCUGGAUAGAGUCACGAGAGAGUGGUCGGAUGGAUUGUUUACGAAAACACUACGGUCACUUUCCGAAGGGGGACCUGCCAACAGAUGUGAAGACAGUUACCCGUUAGACUGGAUCGUGUUUGAUGGAGAUGUAGACCCAGACUGGGUCGAAAAUCUGAACUCUGUUCUAGAUGACAACCGCAUUUUGACUUUACCAAACGGAGAACAGGUUCCGCUUCCCGAGCAUGCAAGGAUAAUUUUCGAGACCGAGCACCUAAAGCAUGCUAACCCUAGUACCGUCUCACGAUGCGGGAUGGUUUGCUUCGAUGAAAGUUACUCUGUCGAAGAAAAAUUGUACACUUCAAUCUUAUCCUUGCUUCAUGAAAUUGAACCGCAGUAUGGUAAGCUGGUAAUGCAGGUUCCAUUACAGUCCAUGGUGGAUUCAAUUGCGGUCCUACUCCGCAAUAACUUAUUAACUAUGAAGCAACAGCCUUCUCAAGCAUUUCUAGAGGAAGAAGAAAACGAAAAAGAAGAAAGGAACGGUUCGGGUUCGUAUUUUGAAAUUUCACCAGCAGUAUUUCUUCGCACAUUGUUGGUGGCAAUUGGAAAAAGUUUAUGCUGCGGAUUGGUUCGUUCCAAACAGUGUGAGGUUACACAGAUGCUGUGGGAUGGAAUUGAUGGGUUUGAAGAUUUAGAGUCUUUGAUUCAAGAAAGUCUCAACCUCCGAAAUGGAGAUUGGGUCCGACCCUCGCCAAUUAUCCUCUGCGGUCCACCGGGAUGUGGGAAGAGCAUGCUACUAUCUGCAUCACUUCGAGAGACUCCGAAUGUAUCCCUUGCUACCUUGAGUUUCUCAGCGGAAACAUCGCCGGCUCACAUCUUGGCUGCUUUGCGCAGCCACACUUCGAUAACUAAACGUCCAAACGGAAGCCUUGUUCUCCAUCCCAAGUCGACAGGCAGUCGUGUUGUUCUCUUUUGUGAUGAAGUCAACCUUGCGAAACCAGACUGUUACGAGACGCAAGCGGCAAUAUGCCUUCUUAAAAGUCUAUCUGAACACAUGGGAUUUUGGCAAGGAAGCCCUCCAACAUGGAUCUCGAUCAGGGGUGUGCAGAUCGUCGCUGCAUGUAAUCCUGACGAAGACACAGGAAGACAUCAGCUUUCAAGUCGUUUUCUUCGACAUUGCCGACUUGUUCGUGUGGAGCAGCCCCAUCCAAGGGACAUUUCCGUCAUAUAUGGAGCCUUUGUGCGGUCGUUACUGCGAUCCCUGGACCCGCGCUUUGAGGAAAAGUCUUCCGAUAUGACUGCUGCAAUGGUAGAGUUCUUUUCUCUGAACACGGAGAAAUUUUGUCCCCCUCAAUCGGGGCCUCUGCAGCCGCAUUACAUUUAUUCUCCGCGGGACUUGAGUCGCUGGAUUCGCGGAAUGAGGCAGCUUUUGCCCACAGAGAUCGUUGCAGCCUUUUGUUACGAAGCGAGACGAAUUUUCUGUGACAGGCUUCUCCUGAAGGAGGAACAAUCCUUUGCUGACAACGCUCUGCGCGAAAUUGUGAAACGAGUCUUGCAUGUUAGUGCUGAACCAACUUCUGUACAGCUAUAUUCAUCGUGGCUCUCCAAUGAUGAUGAGAGUUGCAGCGAAAGGCGUUUUCGAAUUGUGUCAAACCCGGGGCAAUUUAGAACUCUAAUUUACCGGAAGCUUAGAGUCUUUGCGGAAGAAGAAGGACUAGGAGUAACGGACGAUGUCCUGACCCAUCUCACUAGACUAGAUAGAAUUCUCAAUCAACCCCUCGGUCACGCUGUUCUCAUGGGCGCACCUGGGACGGGGAAAAAAACGCUGGCGCGUUUCGCUGCUUGGAUGCUGUCGACCGAAGUGCAUCAAGUCCACUCUCACUCUGCAUACACUGCUGCUGACUUUGCAGGUGAUUUGCGCAAAAUUCUUCGCCAAGCUGGAGUGAAUAGCCGCCAAAUAAUGUUGAUCUUUGAUGAGAGCAAUGCCAUGGACAGUGCCUUUCUUGAAAUGAUGAAUUCCUUACUCGCAUGCGGGGAAGUCCCCGGACUUUUCUCAGGGGAUGAGAGAGCGCGACUUCUCGAGGAUUUGAAGACAUCGGCCUCCGGAACAACCACUGGCCCUAACACGGAGCAAUCAAUUUAUGCAGAAUUUGUUCGACGAGUUCGAUUGAAUCUCCAUAUCGUCUUCACAAUAUCGACAGGGUGUUCGGGGAAGGUGCUUUCGGAUAAAAACUACCAGAGAACAGUUGGGGGUAACCUUUCUCAGCGAUCACCAGCCCUGUUCAAUAGAUGCAUGGUAGACUGGUUAGGUGACUGGAAUCCCGAAACUUUGGAGGCAGUGGCAGAACUUAAGAUAGAAGUUUCCCUUGGUCAUGAAAAGGACCAAAUCAUUCGAAGCGCUGUCAGAAUUCAUGACAUUGCUCGCAAGUUCCCGUCCUUUGCGAGGGCACAGGUUGAUGUAACACCCAGGCAUUAUCUUGAGUUCAUUGAACAGCUCAACAGACUGGCUUUGGAAAAGGGUAAGGCGAUCCAAGGAGGUGUCGAUCGCCACACUGAGGGACUUCGUCGUUUGCGGAACGCUGGAAACGCAGCGGAUGUCCUGAAAGAUGACCUAAGAGAAAAAUCAGAACGACUGCAAGAGAAAGAAGUCAACGCAAACCAGACACUGGAGAGAAUGGUAGAGGAGCAGCGGAUGGCUGAGAAGUCAAAAGUUGAUGCUGAACAACUAGCUGUGGCAGCACAAGAAGCUUCCCUUCGGGUCCGGGAGCGUGAGGAUGAAGUGAGUGCACAGCUCGCCGCUGUGUUGCCAAAAGUUGAAGCGGCUCGGGACGCCGUUGGUUCAAUCCGGCGAGAGUUCUUAGAAGAGUUAAGAGCGAUGCCACAUCCACCUGCACCUGUGCGAAUUGCGUUAGAAGGCGUACUAAUGAUUUUAGACGCAACUUCUAUGGGCAGAGGAGGUGGGGCCAAUUACACCUGGAACAAUAUUCGAAGUCGAAUGAGGGGAUCAGAGUUUAUAACCACUGUGGUAAAUUUCAAUGCUGAAUCGCUUCCAAGAGGAGCGAGAGGGCUCAUCGAGAAGAAGAUUAUCCAAAACCCCGAUUUUGAUGUUAAUCGCAUCACAUACGCCUCCCGAGCAGCAGGUCCUCUCGCCGAGUGGACUAUUUCUGUUCUUGACUUUGCCACUGUGAAGGAGGACAUAUCGCCAAUGCAAAAAGAAGUUCUUGUUUUACAAGAAGAACAGGAAGAGCUGCUCGGAAAGCAGGAAGAUGCUCUCGAAGAGGUAGCUAUUCUCCAGCAACGAAUCCAAGAUUGUCGAGCAGAGUACGCAUUAUUGGUUUCUGAGGCUGAGAAGGUUAGACAAGAAAUCAAAGAAUCAGAAGAAAGCCUUAUGAAAUCGGAAGAUAUGUUGGAUUCACUCGCCCAAGAAUGGGACCGCUGGGUCAAGGAAUUGAAUUCUUUCAACGCAGCUGCUGUGACAGUAUGGGGAAAUGCAGUGUAUGCAGCUGCUUUUGUGGCAUACGCUGGUGUACUAGAUCACGUAAGUAGGUCUCAAAUAUGUGAACAAUGGAAAGAAGUGAUGAAUGGAGAAGGUAUUCCGUUCGACGAGAAGAUGUCUUUAUCAGAGUUUUUGACAUCUGCUGAGGAACGAGGGUUUUGGUCAGCGCAAGGAUUACCCACAGAUUGCACAAGUCUUGAAAAUUACGCCAUUCUCAAGCGUUCUGCUCGCUUUCCCUUAGUUAUUGAUCCUAGUCGCAACGGGUCGAUCCUGCUACGCAAGGUUCUUGGGUAUACAUCUAGAAAGAAGUCAUACAUGAGAUCAUUGGAGUCUGCGAUGAGAUUUGGAACGUCCAUCUUUCUGGAAGACGCUGAGAAGUUUGAUAGAGCAGUUACUCCGCUCCUCGGACAGGAAUCUUCAUAUGUGGUACGACUUGGAGAUCGAGACGUUUUCCUUAGCUCCAGUUUUCGCUUGUAUAUGAUCGGCGGUAAUAUCCAAAAUAUACCAACGGCGGCUGUUACUCGAUCAAACGUGGUUUCGUUUGACCUCAGCCCUGCUGCUCUGCAUGCCAGCUGCGUGUCCCGAGCCCUGCGAAUUCUCUCUCCCGAGCUAGAGGAAAAAAGGAAAGCCUCACUUGCUGCUAGGCAGGCAUAUCAACGAAGAAAACACGAGCUGGAGGAGAGCGUUCUUUCGGCCAUCACUGAUGUUGAAGACCUUGGAACUGAGCUGUUGGGCGGUUCGUUGUUGGAUAGCCUGACACGUCUGAAGCAAGAAGUGGAAUUGAUAGUGAUCCGUCAAGAGGAAGAAGCAAAAUCUUUCAGAAGUAUAAGCGAGGCUGAGUCAUCUCUUGACGGCCUGGGUCAUUUAGCAGUGGACUUAUUCGGAGUUCUUCAAAGUCUAGUGCACCUGAAUCCUGUUUAUCAGUUCCCAAUCAGCAUAUUCUUACGUUUGUUCGAUGAGUCCCUUUUAUCAAACACCCAUCGGAACUGGACUGUAUGA